AAAAACCUUCCCCUGUCCUACCUUGCCUGCCCCUAUUGUAUUACCACUAUUAUUGCAAUAUUGGCUCAUACAUACCAAACAAAUUUCAAUUAAUCACUGAAUGCUUAGAGAGAGAGAGAAACACUAGUGGUAUAUACACAAAAGUUUACUCACCAUGGAGCUUGGUAGUCUCAUCAUCAACAACAACAAGGAGAUCAAGAUGGGGUUUCAUGAAACUGAGCUCAGGCUUGGAAUUGGAUUGCCUGCUGCAGCAAAUAAUAUUGAAGAAGUUGUGAGGAAGAGAGGCUUCUCUGAGACUGAAUCUGAGACUGACACAGUGGAUUUGAUGCUCAAUCUCUCCUCUAAGGAACCAACUUCAGCUGGGGCAGAUCCAAGUCAGAAACCCAAGACUAAUCUGCAGAAAGAGAAGACACUUUUGCCUGCAGAUCCUGCCAAGCCUCCAGCCAAGGCGCAAGUGGUGGGUUGGCCACCUGUGCGGUCGUUCCGGAAGAACAUGUUAGCUGUGCAAAAGAGCGUUGGAGAGGAGAGUGGUGGUGAGAAGAGCAAUAAUGGUGGCGGCGGCGGCGGUGCGAGCUUUGUCAAGGUGAGCAUGGAUGGAGCACCUUACCUUCGCAAAGUGGACUUGAAGAUGUACAAGAGUUACAGAGACCUUUCUGAUUCCUUGGCCAAAAUGUUCAGCUCCUUCACCAUUGGCACUUGCGAGUCGCAAGGGAUGAAGGAUUUCAUGAAUGAGAGUAAGCUGAUGGAUCUAUUGAACAGCUCUGAUUAUGUCCCAACCUAUGAAGACAAGGAUGGUGACUGGAUGCUUGUCGGUGAUGUCCCAUGGGAGAUGUUUGUUGAAUCAUGCAAGCGUUUGCGUAUCAUGAAAGGAAAGGAAGCCAUUGGUCUUGCACCAAGAGCCAUGGAGAAAUGCAAGAACAGGAGCUAGCUAGCUAGACAAGUGGUACCAGUUUAAUUGAGAACCUGCUCCUUUCCUUUGUAAUUGUGGGGCCCAGUUUGGUUUUGUACAACUAAUACCAUGAUAAGCUGCAGCAGACACAAAUGAGCAUAGCAGGGUGUUACAUUAUAGUUUGUGUAUCAAUAUGGUUUGUUACUUUGUUAUAUGAUUAAUGUUCCAAACAAAACAAUGUGAGAGAGUCUAAUUAAGUAUUGAUUAUGAACUCGAACAAAUAAUGACUCUAAAUUACUAUGUUGUUAUAGACUUGGCUUUCUUUAUUUGAUUGUUUAGUGAGUCUUGUCUCAAUAAUAAAUGUGCUUAAUUGUCUGUUGUAGGGAUAUAUUUUUUAGCUCAUCA